AUGGCCGUUGCGCGCACCAUGCGGCGCACGAGUCCAAUUACAAUCAUACUUGCCUGCCUGUUGGCGUUCGGUUUUCUCUGCUUUUUGCUCUCCUCGCCGUCGCCCCCGGCCUCAUCCUCACCUCCCCCCACCACCGAAUCAAGGCUCGAAGACACAGCAGAGCACCCUCUCUCUCCUCCAACGAAACCAUUUAUCCCGCAACCAGUCUACAAGGAUGGCCACCAGCCGCCUCCCCCGGUCGUCAAGUACAACCUCAACAGCCUUACAACCAGCAGCGACGCAUCUAGCCAGGGCGAGCGCGUCCUCAUUCUCACCCCCCUCGCCCGCUUCUACCAAGGAUACUGGGACAAUGUCGAGAAACUUACAUACCCACACGAGCUCAUCUCGCUGGGGUUCAUAGUACCACACACAAAAGAAGGCAACGCCGCGGUGGCAGCGCUCGAAAAGGCCAUCAGCAAGACCCAAACGGGCGCAGUGCCCAACCGCUUCGCAAGCAUCUCAAUCCUCCGGCAAGAUUUCGACCCGCCGCUCCAAUCGCAGGACGAAAAAGAGCGUCACAAACUUGCCAACCAGAAAGCCCGCCGCGAGUCCAUGUCCCGCGCCCGCAACAGCCUCGUCUUCACCACCCUCGGCCCAGGCACUUCCUGGGUCCUCUGGCUGGACUCCGACAUCGUCGAAACCCCGCCAACCCUCGUCCAAGACCUAACCUCCCACAAUCGCCCUGUCAUCGUAGCCAAUUGCUUCCAGCGGUACUACAACAACGACAAUAAGAGACAGGAAGUCCGCCCUUACGAUUUCAAUUCCUGGAUUGAUUCGCCUACGGCCCAGGCUCUCGGCGAUACACUGGGCCCCGACGAUAUUCUGCUCGAGGGAUAUGUCGAGCUCCCUACAUACCGCAGCCUUAUGGCCUACAUGGCCGAUACAAGGAACCCGCGCCCAAACCGCGUUAUCGAUCUCGACGGUGUUGGUGGCACCGCCCUCAUGGUCAAGGCGGAUGUUCACCGCGACGGCGCAAUGUUCCCGCCGUUCCCGUUUUUUCAUCUCGUUGAGACGGAGGGAUUUGCCCGUAUGGCGAAACGCCUGGGGUAUACUGUGCAUGGGCUGCCAGAUUAUUUUGUAUACCAUUAUAACGAGUGA